CUUGAGCAUUGGAAGAGUAACAUUGUGGUGAUCUGCCAGUUCCACGCCCACUGCGACCCAUCCGGUCAGUCACACCCACCUCAGACGCAGGCGCACUCUCGCCCGCUACCAACCACACCCACUUUCAGCGCUCCCCGUGGGGAUGAAGGGGCUCGGAACACGAGAAGGAGCUGGCCCCUCCCUGGAGAUCACGGGGCUCUCCUUGCGGGAGAGUUUGAACCCCGGCGGCAGCGAAGGAGACCACCAGCAACAACCCAACGUUCUCAGCAUCGUCGUCGAUCCACCGUCCGGCGAUGAGGCGGACGGAGGGGGAGGACGAACGGGGGGACAUCAUGGAGGCAACGAUUCGGACCCACCCAUCGAGAAUGAUAACCCAGAAGGGGACGAGGACAUGGAGAGCAGAAAUGUGCUGCUGUCUGGACAUGAUCGUGAAAAGGAGAUUAUUAUUGAAAGUGUCAAAAAGCGAGCUCAGUUACAUCAUCGGAAAAGAAUAAAGUCAGCUCACUCUACGGACGCCGCCUAUGUUCCACCCUACAAAAAGAAUCGGUUUCGACACCUUCCAUCCGUUCUUCCUUCCAAAUUCUUGUUGGGAGGAAAUAUCAGAGAUCCGCUGAAUUUGGCGAGCUUGUCCGACGCAAGGAUAAGUGCCGAGUUAAAUAAGGCUACACCACAGUCAUCACCACUUCCAGUUCAAGGCGAGGUGCCCGUGUUUAUUCCAAAAAAUCCGCAAGAUCCACUCGGCCUCACAACAAAAACGCCUGAAAAUGUUCAAGAUAUUGUAGCAGGCGUAAGGAAAAAUUCUUGCAGCCGCAAGCAUCGCCAUCGCAAAAGACCUGGAAGGAAGAGGACGGACAGUGAGUGCAGCAUUGGAACCGAACCUGCAAAUGAAAGUCACGUCAUCAUUGAAGAUCCAUCGUUGUCCGUCAAUGACGAUGCUGAGGAGUUAUCAAAAGGCCAACAGCUUGAACACAAAGUUAGACGAGGUGACAAAGAUGAAGCAGAAGCAGCUAAAGUACAAAAAGAAUUCAAGGACGUUAUAGUGAUUGCAAAAUCGGAACCAGAAGAAUCCCUUCCAAAAAUAGUGAAUACGAAAUCCUCAACUUCCACAACUACUACAAGAAAUACCGCUUUAAUAGUUAAUUCUGAAAUUUUGGUUUCUCCGGCUCCUACUGCUGCUACCGAUGAAAACGUCAACGCCAAUAAUGUAUCCGACAGCUUUAAUGCAGAAUCCACAAACACUACGUUGUCGCCACCCGACAUUACAACACAAUCCACUACUGCGUCUACUAGUGCAGCCGCAACAAGCACAUCAGCAACAUCAGUUGUGGAAAGAUCACACGAUAGUCACAAUGCGGGUCGUGGUGGUGGUGGUGUAGAUGAGUACGAGUACGAAUUUCAAGAUUUUGUUCCAGACGACGAAAACAGACAUUAUUACGGGACUAAUACCACUGGACCAUAUAAUAGGUCUUCUAGCGAUUACAACAACUCGAGAUCCAGCAGUACAUAUGCUCCAUCCCCAUUUGCAUUCGACAGCACAGAGUAUUUCCUUGAAGCCCCUCCGUACGAAUCCCCCUUUUCACAUUUCGCUUAUACUCCUACUCACCAUUUGCAACCCUUUUCUCCUCCUCCACUUCCAGAGCUUCCACCUUUCCAAAGAAGAAUGCAAGUAUUUGCGACACGACCUCAGCACUUGUCAUUGCAAAGGGCAGUUUUCCAUCGUCCUUUUAGACCCUUUCCUUUUAGACGUGGUGCCAAGAAUAAGGCUGAUCCGAUUGUAAGCCCCGUCAUUCCACAACCGGGGAGUCAACGACGUCGUGGCCAUCAUUUUCACAAUAACAACAAGAAACCAGGAGGAGAUAAGGCAAACACGAGUGGUGGUGAAACUUCGCAACAGUUACAAAGAGGGGCCACUUCAACGGGCUCCAUCACUACUGACGCUUCAGGACCUGGUGGCACAGGAAACAAUAAAAAAUCAUCUGACCGAUCAAAAGACAAGAAGAUUUUCCAGUUUGGCAACUACACCAAUUAUUAUGGAUACCGAACGGCGGAACAAGGGGACCCUAGGCUUUGGGCUCUGAAAAAAGAGUAUUUACAGGGGAAAGAAGUCCUUGACAUUGGGUGUAAUUCAGGACAUGUGACACUUUCAAUUGCAAGAGACUUUGAGCCGAGAAGGAUUCAUGGAAUUGACAUUGAUUACUCACUGAUUGUUGCGGCUCGGAAAAAUAUUAAACACUACAUGAUUCGAGAUCCAGACAAUAAGGACAUUGUAUUUCCAAGAAGUUUGCCUUUGAUUUAUGGGGCAAUGCAGCCUCCGCCAGCACCAGGGGAAAAGACUUCAAAUGUAUUUCCAUACAACGUCUCCUUUGCUCACGAAAACUACGUUUUGACGUCAGACAACCAGUUGGACGGUGUGAAACCUCAGUACAAUGUCAUUAUCUGUUUUAGUGUCACCAAAUGGAUUCAUUUGAAUUUUGGAGAUGAUGGAUUAAAGAGAUUUUUUAAACGUAUUUUUCUACACCUUCACGAUGAAGGAAUUUUGGUUCUAGAGCCGCAGCCCUGGUCUUCUUAUGUCAAGAAAAAGAAACUUACCGAAAAAGUCCACCAGAUGUUUCAAAAGAUUAACUUCUUCCCUGAACAGUUUGAAGAAUAUUUAUUGAAUGAGGUCGGAUUUGCGACGUCAGAAUGUUUAGGAACACCGGUGCACAAUUCCAAAGGAUUCCAGAGACCACUUCUUGUAUUUGUGAAGAGCAAAGCUGCCACGGGACAAAGUAACCUUGCAAUACCCACAAGUCUGAAAAAUGAAGAUACGCCAUGUACCGUAACACAUGACUCCAUCUCACAAGAAUGUGACCAGGAGUCUUCAUUUACUCCUGGUGGCGAUUGCCAGUCGUCGAGUUCAAAAUCUCCUUUGGAAUCGCAUCCCUCCGAAAAGGGUGACACAGAGACGAAAGUUGAAAGUAUGGUGGUCUCAAGUUCGUCAGGUAAUUGACGAAUAACACGCUCCCCUGACCAAAAGUGAUCUAUGCAACAAACAAACUCAAUAAAUGAUUAAUGCUUCCCACCCAAACCUACCUAUGUACUUGGAUUCUAAUCUGUCGUAUGUACUCCGACGAUAUCCAGAUUUUUCAAUAACCUAGUUUACAAGUCAGCAACUUGUAGAAUUCAUAUUCCGACAUAUAUAGACAUAAUUAGCAUACCCCGGACAAAUAUUUUUUUAUCCUACCCUACUCGUGUUGAGCUCAACAUGAGUAGGGUAGGAUAAAAAAAUAUUUUUCCGGGGUAUGAUAAUUAGAUAUACAUACAUAUUCUAUAUUUUAUAGAAUUAAGAUAACUUGAAGUGCUUUUACUGAUCUUUUGCAAGCGUAUAAUAUAAUUCAGAUAUAUUUAUAUAGUCAAUAACCAACCCGAAUGUAAUAAUCGUAUGUUUCUUUAUUAUCAAUUAAUAAUAAUACAAAUAUUGCAGAAA